CCCUUUCCUUUUCUUCUUCUCCUCCUCCUUUCACUUCCUUCCAUUUUCCUCUGUAAACAAAAAUGGCGAACAGAACUUCUCCUGUUCUUCAUCGGAAUAAUGGUUUCCUCUUUUCUCUCAGCUCCAACAGAGCUUUUCCUUUCCAUUCUUUCCUUUCUCUCAACUCCAAGAGGUCUUUCCCUCUCUCGUCUCUCUCUUUCUCUUCUUCAUCACUAUCCACUCCGGCCGCGACGUAUUUUGGUGUGACGCGCGUGUCUACUGCGCCGGUAGAGUAUGCGUCGCCGGUUCCGGACUCGAAUUUUCAUCAGGAAAUUCGCCGGCUUAAGUCGCUCCGGCAGAAUCUAUCCAACUGCAAGAAUCUCGAGCAGAAACUGAGAGUCCUGGACUCUGAUUCACGCGUGAAGCAUUUUUUUAAUACCAGAGGUUUCGCGCGGGUUUUGACUUCGCUGAAUUUUGGAUUGGAGGAGUCCUUUUUGGUUAAGUGUUUGGUUGCGGCUGGGCAAGAACAUGUGCUUGAGAACGGUUUCGUGUUCGUGGAUGAGAAAGAGAACGUGAUGAGGAGUUCGAUGAAGAGUGCGCUUUACUCGUUAGUGGAGAUGAUUGAGGGUUGGGAUAUGAGUAAUGGAGGUAAUGGUGGAAGUGAGGGUUUUAGGAAGGGUCAAGACGGCAUUGUGCUGGUGGACGAGGAAAUUGGGGACUUGAAGAGGUUGUUGAAGACUUUAGGAGAGAUUGAACAGUUUUAUGAUUGCAUUGGAGGAAUUAUUGGUUAUCAGAUAAUGGCGCUGGACCUUCUUGCACAAUCAUCACUUGAGGGACAGACUAAGAAUUGGUCAGAGCAUAUACAUGAAUCGUUGGAGUGCCAGUUUUUGGAAAUUCACACACCUAAUGGACUUGAUCUUUCACAAAACACGGAGUAUGCAUCUCAAGCAGCUCUGUGGGGAAUUGAGGGCCUACCAGAUCUAGGUGAAAUUUAUCCUCUUGGAGGCUCAGCAGACAGGCUUGGUUUGGUGGAUCCUGACACUGGUGAAUGUCUUCCUGCUGCGAUGCUUCCUUAUUGUGGGCGGACUUUGCUAGAGGGUCUUAUUAGAGAUCUUCAGGCGAGAGAGUUCUUGUACUUCAAGCUAUAUGGAAAACAAUGCAUCACCCCUGUUGCAAUCAUGACAAGUUCAGCAAAGAACAACCAUGAACGAAUCACCAUGCUUUGUGAACGACUUGGAUGGUUUGGAAGAGGUCGAUCAAGUUUCCAACUUUUUGAACAGCCUCUAGUUCCAGCAGUUAGUGCAGAAGAUGGCCAGUGGUUGGUCUCAAAACCAUUCAUCCCUGUAUGUAAGCCUGGUGGUCAUGGUGCCAUAUGGAAACUUGCUUACAACAAAGGCAUCUUUCAGUGGUUUUAUGAUCAUGGAAGAAAAGGCACCACUGUCCGGCAAGUCAGUAAUGUUGUGGCUGCUACAGAUGUUACCCUCUUGGCAUUGGCUGGGAUUGGGUUACGCCAUGGAAAGAAACUGGGGUUUGCAUCUUGCAAGCGGAAUGCAGGGGCUACAGAAGGAAUCAAUGUUCUAAUUGAAAAGAAGAAUCUUGAUGGCAAGUGGGCAUAUGGUUUGUCAUGCAUUGAAUACACUGAAUUUGAUAAAUUUGGAAUCACAAAUGAACCUCCUUCACUUAACAGUUUGAACGCUGAGUUCCCUGCCAAUACCAACAUUCUGUAUGUGGAUCUGCAUUCAGCAGAGCUGGUUGGAUCAUUUAAUAAUGAAAAAUGUCUACCUGGGAUGGUUAUAAAUGGAAAGAAACCAAUUGUUUAUGUGGAUUAUUUUGGAAACCAGCACAGUGUAUCUGGUGGCAGGCUUGAAUGCACAAUGCAAAACAUUGCUGAUAAUUUUCUGAACACAUAUUCAUCCAGAUGUUACAAGGAUGUGGAAGAUGAACUGGAUACAUUUAUUGUCUAUAAUGAACGGAGAAGGGUUACAUCAUCUGCUAAGAAGAAAAGAAAAUAUGGAGAUGUGUCUCUUCACCAGACUCCGGAUGGUUCACAGUUGGAUAUCCUAAGGAAUGCCUAUGAUCUUCUUUCCCAGUGCGAUAUUGAACUUCCUGAGAUUGAAGGUAAUGACAAGUAUGUAAAUUCUGGACCACCAUAUCUCAUCUUUCUCCAUCCUGCUCUGGGCCCGCUUUGGGAGGUAACAAGACAGAAAUUUAAUGGAGGUUCAAUUUCAAAGGGCUCAGAGUUACAAAUAGAGGUUGCAGAGUUCCUGUGGAGAAAUGUUCAGCUUGAUGGGAGCAUGAUUAUUAUGGCUGAAAACAUAAUGGGUUCAACUAAGAUUGAUGAAAAUGAACUAAAAUUGCAGUAUGGGCACAGGUGUGCGAAAUGCAAAUUGCAAAAUAUGAAGGUGUUGAAUGAUGGAAUUGACUGGAGUUCUGGAGAUAAUGUAUACUGGAAGCAUGAUGUGAAGCGUUUUGAAGCAUUGAAGGUUAUACUGCACGGAAAUGCUGAAUUUGUGGCGAACAACGUUACUAUACAGGGAAAUCAUGUAUUUGAAGUCCCUGAUGGUUACAGAAUGAAGAUUACAUCAGGAAAUCCUGGUUUAUCAGUUCAGUUAGACCCCAUUGAACCAAACAAGAUGGACAGAGGCAGCUGGUACUGGGACUACAAGAUUAAUGGUACUCACAUUGAGUUGGAACUGAAAGAGUAGUAAAAUAAUAACCAGAUACUUAACCUAGCUUUAUGUGAAUCAUGGUUCACAGACAUAGCUCACUUUCAGCCUGUCCAUAUAUUUCUGAUUGGUUGAACACAAGUUGAACCAUUGCUAUUAGGAUGUUUCAGGACCUUUAAAAACCCAUAAAGCGCUGUAUGCCGCCCAAGCAAUAGUUUCCAUUUAUGAUUGUCUUCUUGUAAUUACUCAAGUUGUAUGUAGGAUACAAUACGAAAGUACAAGCAAUAGAAAUUGAAUGUUUUG